GAAAAUUAAUAUCUGGCUUCAAACUAACUUUUCUGAAAAUCCCCGAAGCCAUUUUGUUGCAAGUUUUGUGCUCUUUCAGAAUUUAAAAAGGGCAUUCCAAACAUUUCCAUAUUCGCCGAGUUCAAGCAGAACAAGAAGAUCACAUUUUGAGAUUGAAUGGACUAAACGAGUUAUAUGCAAAAUUAGUAGACUUUCCAAACUUUGAAAAUUAAUAUCUGGCUUCAAACUAACUUUUCUGAAAAUCCCCGUAGUCAUUUUGUUGCAAAUUUUGUGCUCUUUCAGAACUUAAAAGCGGCACUCCAAACAUUUCCAUAUUCGCCGAGUUCAAGCAGAAAAAGUAGAUCACAUUUUGAGAUUGAAUGGAAUAAACGAGUUAUAUGCAAAACUGGGGCUACUUUGCGGAUCCAAACUGUGCAGAUUUCUAUAGAUUGAUGAAGCAAGCCUUGGCCAACUGCGGAAAGCCCGAAUACCAGUAUGACUGGGAGCCAGGAAUUCCGCUCAACUACAUGACGAUGGAAGUCGCUUGCUGUGCAAAGAAUGUCCCAUAGAUUGAUGAUUGAACUCCUUUGAUUGA